AUGACUUCGACGACAUCAUCGAGCACGACGUUGAAGAUUUUGACCGUCGGCUCUGCGCUCGGUCAGAUAUCAGACUUAUUUGCUAAGGUUCAGUCUAUCAAUGCGAAGCAUGGCAAGUUCGACCUCGUUCUCUGUCUCGGCGACUUUUUCGGACCUGUCAAGGAGGGGGAGGGCGAAUUGAAUGCAGAUGGGCUUGCCUUGCUUGAAGGAAAGCUGAAAGCACCGCUGCCUUGCUAUGUCAUGGCUGGCGAGCACCCCAUACCUCAGCCAGUCGUCGACAAGUUUGCCAAAACCGGAGGCGAGCUCUGCACGAACGUGUUCCUCCUUGGCAAAUCCGCGACAUUCACAACCGCCGAAGGCUUGCGGAUUGCCUGUCUGGGCGGGACUUAUGACCCGAAUAUCUAUCACGGGUCCGAACUUCCUCAGGGUUUUACUUCACCGUACUUCAAUUCUCAGACGGUUUCGAAGUUACUCUCCAAUGCAAUGACGAGCUCUGCGCCCAAGGGGUCCUCUCUUGCCUCGAUAAUGGCAGCCGCAUCCUCCUCUUCGCUCGUCGACAUCCUGCUAUCGCAUGUCUGGCCCUCGGCGGUCACUGAGUUCUCUACUGCGCCUCUCCCUUCCCCAUCCCUGUCAAAUAUCGGUGCACCGCCCGCAGAUGAAGUGAUAUCGAAGCUCAAGCCCCGCUAUAUAUUUGCAAGUGGCGGUGGACAACCACCGCACUUCUGGGAGCGCGAGCCCUUUGUGUGGGAUGAGGAAGGCGGGCGAGUCUCGCGGUUUGUCGGACUUGGUGCCUUCGGUGGCGAGCCUCCGGCGGAAGGCAAGAAACAACGCUGGUUCUAUGCGUUUUCCAUAGCACCCGGCCUCCCUGCCGCGCCGCCUGCUCGACCGCCUAAUGCGACACAAAACCCCUUCACCGACGCACCCGCGCGGAGAGCCAAGCGUCCCCAUGACGCCGAGGAGGGCGCGGCAGACUACCGCUGGGGAACGACUGCACAAACCGGUGUAGGAGGCAACAAGAAGCGCUCUCGAACGGGUCCUGGACCUGGCGGUGAACAAGGAAAGCCUCCCGAAGGAUAUCGUUGCAAACGAUGCGACUCAACGGAGCACUUCAUCAAUGACUGCCCUGAACGGCAAAAGCCACCUGAAGGAUACGUAUGUCGAAUUUGCAACGUCCCAGGCCAUCUUGUUCGCGACUGCCCAACGCGGCAUGCUGUCGGUGACACCGGCGGUCGCAAGCCGCCGCCGGGUUACAACUGUCGAGCAUGUGCAAGUGAGGAUCACUACUUGGAUGAUUGUCCCCAAGUAAGAGCGGGUCCCGGUGGUGGCGGCGGUAGACGAGGGGAUCACGGGCAGGGGGGCCGACGACGGGGUCCACCCCGCGAGAUCGGACCAGACGAGUGUUGGUUCUGCCUGUCCAACCCGGCGCUCGAGAAGCAUCUCAUCGUUGGCAUCGGCUCGGAGUGUUAUCUCACAUUACCCAAGGGGCAGUUGCUUCCGACUAAGGAUGUACAAGGGGGCGUUCCCGGGGGUGGGCAUGUGCUCAUUGUACCCAUCGCGCAUUUCCCGACGUAUGGGAGUAUACCGGGCGAAUUGCGCGGACCGGUCGUCGAGGAGACAGAGAAGUUCAAGACCGCUCUGCGUGCAAUGUACGGCAAGCAUGGGGCGGUUGGCGUGUUCUUCGAGGUCGGACGACUCUCUGCGAAGGGUGGGCAUGCACAUAUCCAGGCCGUUCCGGUGCCGCGUGCGUUGGCAGAUGGCAUCGAGCAAGCGUUCCGCGAAGCCGGCGAGAUCGGUGGUAUCGGCUUCGAUGAAGAGGAGGCCGGUGCGCCUGUCCCCGGCGCCGAAGCGGGUAGCUACUUCCGCGUCGAACUACCCGAUGGACGAAGGCUGGUGCACUGGAUGCGGGAAGGCGUACCAUUCAGUGUACAGUUUGGCAGGCAAGUCCUCGCGAGCCAUAUGAAGAUGGAUGGGAGAGCCGAUUGGAAGGAAUGCGCACAGUCGACCGAGGAUGACACCGCUGAUGCGCAGGCUUUCAAGGCGGCAUUUGGUCCGUUCGACCCGACGACUUAG